GGGACUGCCCCUGCGCCGGCCUCGGCUCUUUCGGGUCGCGAAUUGGAGCUGGUUUGUAUUGUUUAACAAUAUUGUUUGGAUAUUACUCGACGACGAUAGUGUAUCCUGCGUACCUGCCUGGCGGGUUGGUUCGUCACACCAUUGAUCUUCCGUGGCGUUGUUGAAUCUAUUCCGUGAAUCGUGAGUGAAUUGCGAAGAAAAGUUCCGGAUAAAUUGAACCGUAAAUCUGAAUAUUGACUGUACAUGGAAGCUCAGAUCUUCACAUGGAAUGUGCUUUGCCGUCAGUGCAAGUUCAGUACUGUUAAAAAAUGACGGGAAACUGGAACAGACUGAUUAAAUCUGACGUUUAAACUUCAUAGCCUUACGUACGUACGUCUUCAUGAAUUUUGAAGUAUUGUCGUACGAAAGUCUUGUAUUAAAAUCCAGAUGUUCUUUUUUAAUUAAUCGCGCGGCUUCAAUCUCGCACAAUGCACAAUAAGAUUGAUUCAUUUCAUGUUUCUACCCUUCUCCAAAUAUCGUCUAAAUCACAUGCUUCAUUCACUUAGUUCAACACUUGAUGAAUUUGUUUGGGAAAUGAGUUGUCAAUGCCGUUGCACUAGCAACCGGUAGACAGGUCUAUUCGACUAAUUUUGCUUUCAAGGUUCAGUUCAACAUGUUGGAGUGGGCGUAUAGCGGUGUCAAUAGUUCUGUUCCUCGCAAUGUUGGACCAAAAUGCGCAGAAUAUUUAACACCUACACGGAGGGUCAUCGAGACGCUAAUAGCCACAAUUCUAGUUACUUUUGCUAUUUCUUGGGGACUUAAGCGAAUAACGCUACCAAAGUCAACGCUUUACGUGAAUCAGGACAGACUUGGAAAACGGAUAUUGUUGAUAUUUAUGUCACUGAUAUUGGGCAUGGAAAUUGGCUUCAAAUUCUCCAGCAAGACUGUAAUUUAUUUAUUGAAUCCUUGUCAUGUUACGACAAUGAUGCAGUUGUACUUGUUAGCAGCGGAACCUAGCCAGGCUGUCACUGCUAUAUUCAGAAUACAUUUAAAUUUAUUAAAUGGUCCACUUCUUGCCUAUCUUUUUCCCGAAACAGCAUCUAGACAAAUAUUCGUGGAUAAGGCUAUAUACUAUAUCCAGCAUGGAUUGAUGGUUGUCAUUCCAUAUUAUCUACUUCGGGUUGGAGGAGUCUACAAUGUGGAGCCAUUAUCUGAUCUUAGUUGGUCUGUGCUGAGCUAUGGAUUGAACCUGGCAUAUCACUUUUGGGUUCUCCAAGCAUUUGCACUGCCCGCGCAGGUCAAUCUGAAUCACAUGCUCUGCCCAGCUGUCUUGGACCCUUUUGAAGGUCCAAAUUAUCGAGUAUGGGCAACCAUUCAUCAGUUUCUGCUUUGUCCUAUUCUAUGUAAACUAUUUUGUGUCGCAUCUAACUUUCUGCUCACGCAAUUCCCUGUAACCAGGGUUGAGAAGUGGAAUCAGAUUCCUAUUGAUCGUCCGAUAACGGAGGAGGUGUUACCAUGCAAACAAAUAGCAAUCGCCAGAGAUUCUACACCUCAGACAGGUUGGGAAAAUGGUCACACCCAUGUAGACUAAUCAAGGUUUUUUUUUUCAGAAUGACUUUUAACUAGGUGCAAUGCAACAACGUUGCGUCAAUCGUAUUUUUUUAUUUUAUGACUUAGAGAUUUCUCCAUGAUGUAAUGAUAUAUGCUGUAUUCGUAACCGCAGAAUCUCAACAAUCAGUUUUUAGCCCAUACCUAAUAUAGGUGAUGCACAUGAACUGCAUGUGAAACAAACUGUCUACAUAGACCGGUUCGAUGAUAGAUACGUGAUGUACAUUGUACAUGUUCAGACGUACUGUAAAAGCGUUAUUGUUAUAGGGACAAAAAAUUGUGAAGUACUGAUAUUUUGAUUUGUUAUUCAUGUAUGUAUAGUUACUGGCGAUACAGUAACAGCUGCAGGAUGUAAGGUGGGUUUAAGAAAAUAUUCGUUAUACUCAAUAACUAACAUUGGGUUUGACAAAUAAUUGAACUAUCUCCUUGUAUAGAAUCUCUAUUCAGUAGCUUUUAUGCUGCAAAACUGGAUAUUUCUACUUAUGUAAGUAGUAGUCAGUCAAUAAUUUGACAUUAGCAAAUCACUUGCAACGAUAACGACCCUGAUUUUGUGGUCACUUUUCAUCUACAUUUCUCACGAUAUAUAAGGUUGUUGAACUAAAACUAGGUAUAAUUGUGCUAUACUGGUCCGUGCUAUAUUGUCCUGUGAUUGCCAUCCAAGCGUAUAUUUUUUUAACAUUUUUCGGACGUAGACACUGACAGAAAUUAAAAAUAAUUCAUUGCAAAUUACCUCAAUUUUUGCAGCGGUACAGUAAUUUAUACGCUUUUAAGAUCUGUUAUUUUUUUGGGAUACAUAUAAAGUGGUAUAUUUAGAAUUCGGUACCCUAAGCUUGCUGAAUGUAAGCUUAGCUUGAAAAAUAAGAUGAAGCGGUUAUCGAUGAAUAUUCCAAGAUUUCUAGCCAAUAGUAAAAGUUGAAUUAUUACCUUCACCCAAAUUAUGCAUGGCAAAUACACCAUAUUCAAUACGUAGCAAUGAGUUCCAUACUCUAUGUUACUCUUUAUGUUCCGCCCGAAUGCUGUUUUUUCACAAUCUCCUUCAAUCAAUGGCGAUAUGUUCCUAUCGAUUGGUCAAGUUGACGAUUGUAAAAUUUCAAUGUCCGAAAUUCAGGUAUAAAUAUGAUCAUUGAACAUUGGAAUGUAACUUGUUUAAGUAUAUCGCCAGUAGAUAUAAUUGACAAGUUCUUUUUUUUAAUUCAUUCAAUCUAGAUUAGUUAUUUGGCAACAAUUAGAAACCAUUGUCAUUGGCUAGAAUGAAUAUAUGAGUAAAUUAUUAUUCGAUACGCACUUUUCUAGACAUCAGCUUUAUUCUUUGUUACUUCUGCUGUUGGAAGUCAGUUUAAAUUGCCAGAUAAUUGUAAAGUCUUAUUACCAUAUAACGCAGGUGAUCGAAGUGACAUUGUACCAAAGAAUACAAAGGUAAAUAGUAAUAAAACAAAAUAAAUAUCGAUCAAAUGUAUGUUGUGCAAGUUCAUGCGCUUUUAUGAACUCAUGGCACACGCGUAUUUAAAACAUUCGUAGGGAUAAAAUAUUCUUAAACAAUUCUCUCUCAAUUUACGAGUUAGUACCUAAGAUUGUAAAUUGGUCUUCAGCAGGAACAAAGCAGCAAUCGGUUCAUGGAAUCAAUAAAAUCUCCCUAGAUGUUUUUUUAAAAUGAAA